UCGUUAUUCUUGUUUAAAUCAUACUUGAAAACUGGAAAUAAUAAUAUAUUAGUUAUUGUAACGAUCGAAAAUAACAAGCGCCCGUGCUUGAAUGAGGGCCCGGUUAGUGAGUUGGUUGAAACAUAUGGGCACGGGGUACAAAAUGAGCAAAUACGGUAUAUUGACCGAAAGAGCGAUCAGGGAAUUCCCCGUACAUCGCACGUGUGUUUGACUACAUUGUACGCUUUCGCACUUGCGCGGGUUGUAACUGUCCCAACUCGUAAUAUAUAUUUUGACUGUAUAUAAUCGUAGGGAAAUGGAGGCUCGCCUAAAUGAACUGAAACUAGACCUGGAGGAUGUUAUCCGGCUUCAGUCUAUCGCACAGAGAGAGACAAUAAAAGGAAAACUUGCAAUAUGGAAAUCCGAAAUGGAACAAGAACUGGAAAAAAUAAUGAAGCAGGGUAGCAAUACCGAAGACGUCCAACGACAAUCUAAUUCAUCCACAAAACCUAAGCUUUUCACCAAGAAGAUCACUACUUAUGGUUGGGAUCAAUCAGAAAAGUUCAUAAAAAUUUACGUAUCUGGAUUGAAGGGAGUACAGGAUAUACCAAAAGAAAAUGUGACCAUAAUUUACGACGGCCAUCAUCAUAUGCUUAUGAUAAAAAAUUUAAACAAUGCAAAUCAUCAACUCACUUUGCCGAAAUUGCUCCACAGUGUUGAAAAUGAAAGUGUCAGAAUAAAGAAGGAUGAAGUUGUGAUAAUGUUAAAAAAGACUAAUCCCACAAAAUGGGAUACUUUGUCAGAAAAAGAGAAAAAAGAAAUAGAGGAAAAAGUAAAACCACCAUCAAGUUUUGAUAAAGACCAAGAUCCAGGAAAAGGAAUUAUGGAUAUGAUGAAAAAAAUGUACGACGAAGGAGACGAUGACUUCAAACGAACAAUGGCGAAGGCUUGGACAGAAUCAAGAGAUAACCAAAUUCCAGGGUUUGGAAAGUGAACAUAUUGUUGAUUUUAAAAAUUUUCUUGAUAGAUUGUCUUGAAAUAGCCCAAGAAAUUCACUAGGAUAACGCAUUUGUGUACUGUUUCAUUUGUCACGACUAAAUUUUCAUACAUUUAGUGAUUAGAUUUUAAUAUCAUAACAAAUAGGCAUUUGACAUAGAUAUUGUGGAUAUUCUAUAUAAUAAUUAUGUUUCAAAUAUAUGGAAAUUCAACUUGUAUAUUUUGCUGUAACUAUUGUUUAUUUAUUGUGCUAUAAUAUUGAUUGAUAUUUACUGAUACCUUGGCAUCUUUUGGCAUUUUUGUUGUUCUGUUAUUUGCAUGCAAAUAGGUUCAUGUGACCCUGGCUUAGGUUCAAGGAUAACUUUUGGCUAUAUGUUGCUUGAAAAUACAUUUUUGCGUUCCCUUAAUUUUAAUUUCCACCAUUUGUGUUCAUGUUAUACAAUACAAAUACCACUUGAAUUACCCACUAUCAUUCCCAUUAAGUUUCUUAAUUUUGAAUUUUAUUAG